UACUGUAUAUUUCAUACUAGUAACGAGUAUAAUGCUGCCUACAAUGAGGUAGCUGCAUGUGAAAUGCAAGUUUGAAUCCGACGUAAACUGUACUUAACUUUACCGUUAAAAUUUACGAAACUUAACAAUGGCUGGAGAGUGAAUGUUUAAAAAUAAACCGUACAGUAUGUUAUUUUCUUUUUAAAUCUAACUGAACCCGACCUACCUACUUGGCUAAAUUUAGCUUAGCUACCCAGCAUUUCGUUGAACGUCGGUUGUUAGUUAACCGAGAUUAUGUCGAGCAGUGAAGGCAAAUCGACUGAGGAAAGUUCGAGUAACGACCGCAUACUAUUUCGCAGGAAUGUAGGCUACAAAAACAGGAGAUUCAGUGGAAGCGUCUUUGAAUUACCGAAGGAAGACGAGGAAGACCUUCAGUUUGACACUUCGGACUCUGCUGAAAAUGGCGAGGUGCUCAUUUCUGGUAAACAGUACCCGUCCAUCCAGGAUUUCGCCUCCGCAAUUCCCAACCACCUGCUGUUAGGUUCCCUCCUAGAGCACUUGUGUUUUGUCUAUGAGAAAGAUCAGCAGCGAUCACGUAUGCUUUUCAAAGUGAUUGGACAGCGCUUGGCAGCGAUGAACCUGCUCUCUCCACUGGCCGUAAGCGAUGAGUUCAGCACCGUGAGGCUCCAGCACAACAGGGCUUUUGCUGAGCUGCUGCAUGCGGCCAGCACUUCCCUCUUCCAACAGGACCAUAGGUAUUUAAAUACAGAUACUCAGAGCCUAAAGACAAGACCAAAAGAUGGUCUUUUCCAAGCUCAAACAUCUCGCUACCUCAGUGAGUUUGAGGAAAUAUGUCGACUUGGCAAAGGAUCGUAUGGAAAGGUUUUUCGGGUGAGGAAUAAAUUGGAUGGCCAGUUGUAUGCAGUUAAGAAAAUUCUGAUAAAGAAUGUUACAAGAGAAGACUGUAGAAAGGUUCUUAGGGAGGUGAAAUUGCUGUCUAGCGUACAGCAUCCUUAUAUAGUGGGUUAUCACACAGCGUGGAUGGAACAUGUGCAGUCUUCUGAAGAAAACCCAAAAUCUGUAAUUUCUAAUUUGCCAGCACUGAAACCAUCGUCAAUGAAAGAAAGUGAUGGCUCCUCUAUAGUAUUUGAAAGCUCCCACUGCCCAGAUGCAAACAUGCAAGACUCUCUGAAGGAAGCUAGCACAGCAGAAGGUGUACCUGGAAGCACACCAGAGCAGAGCGAAGCGGUGUGCCCCAAAGGCAGGAGUACUAUGGAGAACUUUGUGCCUUGUGUGUUUCUGGGGGAUCCGCAUGUAACAGCGGUGAACGGCUGCCCCGUGGCCAAUCGGGAUGGGUCUGCGCUGACAGAGGGCCAGUCAAAUAGGAGCAAGUUUGAGUUAAACAACUCUUAUUUUGAUACAGACAGUCACCAGUGCAGUGACAAGCGUACCCAAAAGAUGCAGCUCCAGCUCAUGCUGUACAUCCAAAUGCAGCUGUGCAAACUCUCUCUGAGGGACUGGAUCCUGGAGCGGAACCAGGGCAGCACUACCCCAUCAGGUAAGAGUGUCAUGCUUCACACAGUCUUCUCUUUACCUCCCCCAACUCUUAGCACUUUAAAACCCAUUAGGAGUUCUUCCACUUUGUCCUUGUAUUUAUAGACACACCUAUAGAUGAUGAUGGUGAUGAUGAUUAUUAAGUACUCACAAAUAGUACAUCGUGAAAGCUGCAUUUUUUAAACUGAAUUGAGGUUAAAGUGUGUUUUUUUUCAUCACUGGACAGUCUAAACUGUCUGAAGAAAAAUAACUUGAUUGGUCCCACACAUAUCCAAUAUGCUUAAACAUGUUAAUAAAAGACAGAAUCAGUUAUAAAAAAGUAACAUUCAAACUUGACAGUCCUUAAUCCACGGCCCAUUGGUGAAU